UGAGGCAGGGUAAAAAGUUCAGUUCAUUGAGUUCAAGAGAAACAACACACCACAAAAAUCUUGUCUUUUGACAGUUUUACCGUUAACGAACUAAACCCAAAGCAACUACCGAAUCUCAUUCGACACUGAUCAACCAGUCUCCCCUGAGCUAAAACCCCUUCAAUCUCGAGGAGAGAGAAAGAACAAAAAUGGUGGAUCGGCGUCGAUUGGAAGCGAUUUUAUCAACAAUCGUCAAUGUCAAACCUCACGAAACCUCGGCACUUCUUCACUCCGCCACAUCUUUCUUCUUCAUUUUGAGUGCGUACUUUGUGGUUUUACCAUUGCGAGAUGAAGGAGCUAUAUCAUUAGGGUUAUCAAAUCUUCCAGGAUUGUUUAUAGGAUCAUUGCUUCUUACAUUGAUUGCUGCGCCUCUUUCUACGCUACUGUUUUCGCUGCCAAAUUUAUCCAAAGGCAGGGCUCUGGUGUUGAUACACAGAUUUUUUAGCUUGUCACUUGUCUUAUUCUUCAUUCUAUGGCAUACCUCCACAAAUGGAUUUACUAUGAAGUUAGCAGUUGCUGCACCUUUAGUACAUGAUCAGAACUUCAAUAGUGAUCAUUCCAAUGUCUUGCAAUCAGGUUGGGAUGACCACUCAUGGUACUACAUCUUCGUGAGAAUGGGCUUAUUCCUUUGGAUUGCUUUGUUGAAUUUGAUAACUAUCUCUUCAACCUGGGCAAGAGUAAUCGAUGUUAUGAACAGCGAGUCAGGUUCAAGAUUAUUUGGGUUUAUUGGCGCGGGUGCGACACUAGGUCAGCUGUUUGGAUCAUUAUUUGCGGCUGGAAUGGCUUGGCUGGGAUCUUUUUUACUCCUAGUAGCUGCUUUUCUUAUGGAACUAGCUGCACAGUCUUCUAAAGGAAUUAGUCAAGAUGCACCCCAUCUUUCUGAGGAAGACACUCCGAUGAUUAAACUGGAUGAUCAAGAAAGUGGAGUAAAUAGGAACACAAGGUCCACUGCUAAUGGAUCUUCUCCAAAAAUUGCUUCUACUCCAGCAAAACCUCAACUCUGGGUCAUGUUUGAUGGCCUUUGGCUUAUACUAGCCUCAUCUUAUUUGAUCUACGUGUCACUAUUUCUAUGGCUGAGUGCCGUUGUCUCAUCAUUCUUUUAUUUCCAGAAAGUUUCAAUAAUUGCUCUAACAACAUCAAGUGCUGCCGGUAGAAGAAAGUUGUUUGCAGAGAUCAAUAGCUUUAUCGCCCUUUUUAUAUUUUCGGGACAGAUCACCUUAACGGGGCGCAUACUUACUGUUGCGGGGGUCACUGUUGCUAUUUGCUGUGCUCCAGUUGUUGCUUUAGUUAAUAUGGUUGCUAUAUCUGCAUGGCCAACUUGGAUUGUCAUUGCUGCUUGUGAAACUCUGAGAAAGGUUGUUAUGUAUGUUGUAACUAGGCCAGGAAGGGAACUCCUGUUUACUGUCGUUUCGCAGGAGGAGAAGUACAAAGCCAAGGUUUGCAUAGAUGUAAUUGUUCAAAGACUUGGAGAUGCCACAGCAGCAGGGAUGUUCCAGUUGCUUUUUGGAACAUUCAAGGGAAGGACGUCGACUUUAUCUCUCUAUGCCCUUCCACGUCAACUAUGCCUGAACCUUUUCCCUCCAGAGAAUUUGUCAAUGCGAACUAUGGCUGACGAGAGAACCCUCUGCAUCGCUGAUCCCUGUAUGCUUUUGGCAUUUUCAUCUAUGUGUCUCCUUUGAUCUCAAGUGAUGUGGGAUUUUGCUUUCCUGUCUAUGAAAAAGUUGGAAAAAGGCUAUUAGGAAACUUGUUCCUCACCAAACAAAGAGGAGGAAUUGGUGUGGGGCUCGUGGAGUUACCAAGAUAAGCACUUCUCACAUGUUCGGUUGAGAAACAAAGAGCCGUUCUCAAAAAGUUAGGGAGUGGAUUGAGUCUUGCUUCUAAUCAAUUAAUGCUUGUCCCAACUCUCAAGUUAAUAAUUUUGUUCCACAAUAACCUGUUUCUUCCUGUUGUCUUUUCCUAUUCUGAUUG